UUUUGGAAGGUGGGGUUUUCUCGGUGCCUCGACAAAAAGGGAAGAACCAGAAUCAUGCACCGGCUUUUUUUUUGCCAUGCUCCACCUUUUUGGAGCCAUCUUGAUAGAAACAAAAGAAAAGGGAAUAAAAAGGGACCAUCUGCAGUCGCUAAUAUCAGCAAACAAAACCGAGUCAAGGGGCGCCAAUUGUCAUGACGAUAACAAGUUGAUGAUCCUUGUUUUUUUGGAGUUUGCAUUAUGCUUCUCCUCUUGUAUCUCUCUCGCUGCUGUUUUAUGAUGAAUAAAAAAUGACAUCAUGCCAAUUGAACACAUUCGCAAGUUUCAAUAAACAUAGUGUCG